CCUCACCCAAAUCUGCCCGGUUAGGUUAGCCAUCCAUCCCCCAACGAUCGAUAAAAGCAACAGAUAAGGAAGGCCAUCCACCCCCCCGCGUGUGGCAUUCUGACAUGACUCAGCCCUUCGCUCAGUCUUCUCUGUUUUGGAUUUUGUCUAGGAUCUGUUGGAAGAACCCGAAGAGCCCGUUGUCCUGGUCGCCAAAGUUCUCCAGCCGCCACUCCUCCGUCACGUCCACACUCUCAUUCAGAAUCUGAGUCACGCCAUCGAAGUCAACCUGAACGAAGGAGACCACACACACACCACACCAUCCGUCCACACACAGUUGAGUGAUAGAUGCAGUUGUCCCGCUGUCCACACCUCUUUCUCGCCAGGCACAUAGGUGAAGAGCUGCAGACAGACAGACAGACAGACAGACAGACAGAGAGACAGACAUGCACAAGCAGCGCCAGAUCAUCAUCACCAGAUCUGGCGUCUCAGCGUGUCAGCGUCACAUACCUCCUUUGGGUUUGGGCUGCCGGGUGGUGGCUUGGGUUUGUUGCCGCCAAGGAGUGCGUGCAGCCUGGUGCCUCGCAGCGUCCGCGGGGAUUGGUGAUGCACAGACGGCUGCACCACAAACGACAGGGCGCUGCCCACGGCCAGCAGGCCGACCACCAGCUCAAAAAUCAGCUUCAUUCCACUAACCACGACUCGACAGGAGGAGAAAGUAGAGGGUCCUUCCUGUGGAUGCUGCCUUCG